ACGAUCAUGGAUGUUUUGAUUUGAAAUCUGGGUAAGGUUUUUUCGACAUAUCAGAGAUUGGCUGAGGCGAUUUUUAUUUCUUUAUUUGAUUUGUUUUUUUAAAAUAAAUGGAAAACAGGUAUUAAGAAACCCUAGAUUUUGGAUUCCUGCCCUUUGUUUGUGGUUGUUUUUUACCCCUUCCAAAAUCGGAUUUUCCGUUCUUCAAGCGUCAAAGAAUCUUAAUCAGAGGAUGAACAGAUUUGGGGUUUUUGCUUUUUCAUUGAAGAAAUUUGUUGAAGAGAUGAGGUUUUCAAUUUCUGAUUCUUCCAUAUCAACUUUCGGCAUGAAAUUGAUUAAAAUUUUCUUCUGUGGAGCUUUCGUCCAUGAGGCUCUUGUCAUCGAUAGCUGCAGGAGCUUUUGUGGAAGGAGUUUUUAUUGCAUAGAAGUAGAAGUCACAUCUGCGUCGAAUUUAGGCUAUUUGUCUACUUUAGCUCACUCUAUCGAAAUCAAUUUAGCUGCUGCGUAAAUCGAGACUUGAAAUACCGUUAUUGGAGAUAUUUUGAUUCGUCGAUAGGCUGAUUAGAUAGAAAUUUUAGGAUGUUUAUUUUGAUGCGUCAAUAGGAUGAUGUGUUAUCUUCUGAUGACAAAUUGGGUGUUUUUAAUUUUUAUGUGAUUUGGAUCUAUGGAUCUUGGGUUACUUAUUCUGAUUCAAGGAUCCUCAUGUGCUUGUUUGUGAAAUUCAAAUCACCUUAGAUGCAGAAAAGAGGUGUAGGGCUAUUGAAGGGAAGAAUAGUUUUGUCCUUCAAAGGAAACAUGGAGAUCUUUACUGAUGUUUUUGACUCUCGGUCAAGCUUCCAUGUCAAUUUUGGGGGGCAUAGAUUGAAGCAACCAUAGUACCAUACUUCGUAUUAUUACCCGAAGUUAAUAUGCAGAAAUAUUGCACAGAAAAGAACACAGUUUGUCAAAACUGUAUACUUGAUGAAGAUUGAUGAAACUUUUACUGUAUAUAUUCUGUUGUGUGCUAAGAACUCUGAUUCCAAGAUUUUUGAACAAAAUUUGUGAAAUAUUACAUUCUCAAUUGAAGGGAUAUUUCCUGGACAUCAAAGUUGUCACCAUGAUCUGCCUCAAGGAAGGGUAGAAACUUAACUUGUUGAAGACUCGGGUCGGGUUUUAUAGUGAUCUCUAUAUUGUUAAAUAUCUGACAAGAUUGGAGGAUCCAAAUUAACUGUAUGAUGAGCACGGUAGGUGUGGAACACAGAAGUUUUGUGAAUUCUGACUUGACUUGGAAGACAGUUUCGAAGAGGAAUAGGAUAGGGACCAGGCGUACCAGGAAAUCAGUUGCUGCUAUAAGUAUGACAAUAGGAUUGGGACUAGCCAAUAAAAAUGCCAGAAAAAUGGAGAAUGUUACAGUGUCAGAGUUAGAGAAGCUUGGUGUGGAUAUCUUAGGACGGCACUUUUGUGAAAAAAUGGAGAAUGUUCCAAUUAAGAAAAGGAGGUUUAUGUUUAGGUCUCCAUCACCACCACACCCAAUGACCACUUGUCCCAACCUUGAAGCCCCUGGAAUGCAUGUAGAUUUUCAAGCUACUCCAGAUCAGAAUUGUGGUUCAAUCACUAAGCAGUGGCAACAGCUCAUGGAAUCUGAUUGUUCUGCUAAGUCAUAUGCUCCUAGUUUGAACACAGAAGUUUUGUGAAUUCUGACUUGACUUGGAAGACAGUUUCGAAGAGGAAUAGGAUAGGGACCAGGUGUACCAGGAAAUCAGUUGCUGCUAUAAGUAUGACAAUAGGAUUGGGACUAGCCAAUAAAAAUGCCAGAAAAAUGGAGAAUGUUACAGUGUCAGAGUUAGAGAAGCUUGGUGUGGAUAUCUUAGGACGGAACUUUUGUGAAAAAAUGGAGAAUGUUCCAAUUAAGAAAAGAAGGCUUAUGUUUAGGUCUCCAUCACCACCACACCCAAUGACCACUUGUCCCAACCUUGAAGCCCCUGGAAUGCAUGUAGAUUUUCAAGCUACUCCAGAUCAGAAUUGUGGUUCAAUCACUAAGCAGUGGCAACAGCUCAUGGAAUCUGAUUGUUCUGCUAAGUCAUAUGCUCCUAGUACCGAUGAUGAGAAGAUUUCAGAUGUAAUAAAUGGUGUUGAGGAUUUCUCAGGAAUUGAAAUACUUGCUGCUGCUGCUUGCAGUGAUAACAUCUGUAGUGAUGUUACUGAUUAUGAGGGAAAUCCGGUAGUAGAAGAAUCAACACAGGAGAGAAUUCAGUCUUCUGUUUCUUCAAGUCAUUUAGAAGAAACUACUGCAUCACUGGAGACAGCGUAUCGCUUUCCAAAAGAUUCAGUAAAUGAAAGUAAGUCUGACGGUUCAUCUUUCCAAGACAAUUCCUCGGAUUUUUUGCAUGAAGUUCCUAGUGACAAGGAUACAGCACCAGAAAAGUCCCCCUUGCGUGAAUUUCCUAGUGGUAAGGGAAUGAACCUUUUGGUAAAUGAAAGUAAGUCUGAGGGUCCAUCUUUGCAAGACAACUCCUUUGCUGUUCUGCAUAAAAUUCCUAGUGACAAGAACACAACACGAGAUAGGUUCAUUCCAUUGCCAAAUGAUAGAUUACUCUGGGAUUUAAAUGUUCCAAUGGAUGCUUGGCCUUGUGAUGGAGGAAAUGUCGAUUUUCAAAAGGAUUCUGUUGAUAAUAUUUCUGUGAGAAGUGAAGAGUUGCAGACUAUGGAAUCUCGAGAUAUAAAAACUGAUAAUACAAACACUAUAAACGAAGUGGUUUCAUCUGAUGUGGAUGGGGGUAAUAGGAUGACUUCAGACUUGAGAAGCUUACCCGCUGGGACUGAUGAUUUGGGUACAGAGAAACAUGAAUCUGGUUAUGGUUCACAAGAUAUAAAAGAUGAUACUACAAACGGAGUUGUUUCAUCUGAUGUUGAUGGGGAUAAUAGGAUGACUUCAGACUUGAGAACCAUUCCUGUUGAGACUGAUGACUUUAGUACAAAGGAACAAGAAUCUGAAGGAUGCUCUGUUUAUGAUUCACGCUUGCAGACCAAGGAACCUGAAGAUACGAAAAAUGACACUACAAAUGAAGCGGUUUCAUCUGAUGUUGAUGGGGAUAAUAUGAUGACUUCAGACUUGAGAACCAUUCCUGUUGGGACUGAUGAGUUUAGUACAGAGAAACAUGAAACUGAAGGAUGCUCUGUUUAUGAUUCACGCUUGCAGACCAAGGAACCUGAAGAUACGAAAAAUGACACUACAAACCAAGCGGUUUCAUCUGAUGUUGAUGGGGAUAAUAGGAUGACUUCAGACUUGAGAACCAUUCCUGUUGGGACCGAUGAGUUUAGUACAGAGAAACAUGAAACUGAAGGAGGCUCUGAUUAUGAUUCUCAAUUUGAGGAUGGGGAGUUGAGGGAAUCAGAUGAUCAAUGUUGUGAGGAAGCUGAACAGGUGGAUUAUGACACUGAAUGUGAGGAAGAAAGAUCAUUUGGUUUGGAAGCCGGCAGUGAUGAGCAGGAACUAAAGGUAGAAAGAGGAUCAAAUCUGGAACUAGCUGAGAGGUCUAAAUGUUGUGAAACGGGAGAGGCUUUGAAGACAAAUUCAGUUAGCUUGAAGAUUAGAACUAUGGAAAUGUCUAGUGGUGAAACUAUGAAAUUUGAUUGCUUGGAUAGGUCUAAUUAUGAUCUUAGAGUAGAUUUGUCUAAGGAAUCAAAAAGGGAAAUGCUUUCUUGUGUUGGAGGAUCAUUAUCCUCUGAUGUUCCGAAAAGCAGGCUUGACAAUUUUAGUGGUUCAUAUACUCGAGCUGAAAGAGGCUCGGGUUCUGAUAAAUUCAUGGGGAGUGAGAGAUCUUCACAUAUGCGUGGCAGAAGCCCAGAAGGUGCUCGCUUUUUCAAUCCCUCGGCUAAUUACUGGGAUUCUUCUAAGCGGGAGGAUCCACAUAAUUAUCACUGCCCUUACAAUUUUGGGUGCCCCAGAUCAAAAGGUGCUUUUGGGAAUCAAGAAUAUUCCGAAGGGACAGACCAAGCACCUUCAGAUGCUGCUGGUGUUGCAAGACCUGACCACCGCAUUACCAGGCAAUUUAUGGCCUCUUACAGACCACUCCUUAGAAGGAGAUCUCCAAUUGAAAGAGACGAUUCUUACAAUAUGCAUCCAAGGAUGCCAACUGUAGAGGAUACUAGUCCUGAUCGGAAUAGGUUUAGAAGAUUUUCGCAAGGGGUUAGUAGAGGCAUUAGAGAAAAAUAUCUCAGGCUUAUUCCUGAUUAUAGCACCCAAUACAUGCGUCGCAUGCCUCAUCGUAUAGACAGGAGAGAAAGAAGCAUUUCUCCCCAUGGUGGAAGACCUCAGCAUGCUGUACCUUACAAGAGAGCUUGGUCAAGAUCAAGAAGCCCAUCUCCCAUUGAUUGGUUGUUGCAAAGGGAUCGAAAUGAGGAUUCAAGACGUCGCAACAGGUCACCAGAUUUUAGGUCUGAUGCUAGAAUGGAUAGAGUGAGGUUGCCUUUUACCAAGCGAUUUGCUGCUGGUUAUGCGGAGUUUAUAUCGCCACCUCGGAGUCAUGUUUCACCACAGCAAAGUUCCAGGAUGUUCGAGGAUCACCAUCCUGGUUUUGACCAUUUUAGGGGACGGAAAUCACAUGUGAGGAUGAUUCGGCAGGACCAAAGGUUUGAUCAAGUGCGUUCCAUUCGGAGAUUGAAUUCAGAUGAUUACUUCAACCCCAUGAUUCGACCAAGAAGAUUUCCUGAUAAGACUGCUGGCGGUAAAGGGUGCAAAUAUGAAGUCAAUGAUGAUGGUAAACAUAGCAGUGGCAGAUAUGCAAUGAUUCAUCGGUUGAGGUGUUAUGAUACAGACGGUGGAGCCCGUCCAUUUCGUUAUAAUGAAGAAGAUUCAUCCAUGGCUAAGAACUCUUUCACCAUGACUAAUGCCAAUGGGGUCUCAUCUAGGCACCCUGAUGAUGCCUGUAGCACCUAGGACAGUCGGUGAAGAUAGGUGAAUUCUUUUUAAUGCAACUAGAAAAGGGUGACAUGAAAACUAGAAGAGGUGAUAUCUUUUUCUCUUUACCUAAUCAUAUGCUUGUAUUUGGCUAGUUGGUUUUUUGUUUCAGUUUUUUCAGUUAUAGUUUUAGAUUUCCCUCAGCAAAGAAAUAUGUUUCUUAUUUUACCUCUUUACUCUCUUUCC